AUGAUGUUCUUCGGUGGUGUCGCCUACGUCGCCUGGUACAAGAAGAACGUCCUCGACAAGAUCGAACUUGCCUUUGCGAGAGGCUACGACCCGGCUCUCGAGCUCGCAAGCAACCCACGCAAGCAGCACGACGCUGAAAAACGAUUACGUUCAUUGGAUGAACAUGUAAGACGCCGAGAGCAGUCCUCACUUGACCGCAUCAUCAAGGGCGCCGAGGCUGGACAGUACUACCUGUUGCUCGGACCUAAGGGCACUGGCAAGGGCACGAUGAUGCUGGACGCGAUGCAGGCGAUCGAAGCCGAGGGUGUCGCUAUGUGUGAUGCGCACCCAGACCUGGAAGUCUUCCGUCUGCGUCUCGGCAAGGCGAUGAAUUAUGAGUUCAACGAGGACACGCAGACCACGGGGCCGUCCUUGGAUAUUGAACGAGGUCAGUCGAGGAGAAGGUCGCUGCGAUACGCACGAAGAACAGGCAGGCCUCUCGUUUUGAUCUUCAAUAACAUUCAUUUCUUCAAGAACGACGAUGAUGGGAGGCAGAUGCUUCUGCAGAUGCAGCAGCGCGCAGAAAGCUGGGCUGCUGCUGGUGGCGACGACUUCUGGCCCUUUCUUGUCAUGCAGGACCUCCACGACGCCGUGUCCAUAGUGGGCGGACGGCUGUCGUACCUCGCGCAGCUCUCGAAGACCGCGAACAUGCGCGAGCACGCGCAGCAGAUGCUGGUUGUCGAGAAGGCGUGGCUGCUGAGUCUCAUCGGCCUCAUACCCGACUGUGACGACGAUGUCAUGGACGAGCAGAAGUGGAGCUCGUGCUCGUGGCUUCUCCUGCGCGAGUUCGUCAAGCAGCGGCGCGCGGACGAGCGCGAGCGUGCGGAGGCGCUUGCGGCCGGUGAGCUGUCGUCCGAGGGGCUGGACGAGCUGCCCCUCCCGAAGAUUCCAUACUAUAAAUGUCGUCAGAUAAUGACCAGGGCCGACUAUCUUGAAGACCUCGAUCGCGCCAAUACGAACCAUGACGUUACGCCGGACUCCGUCCUGCUGCUGCAGGCGGCGCAGAAGGUCGUGGAGGAGGAAGGGUUUGACGACCUACUGGACGGCGUGCGGAACCGAGUGGACGAGAUCGAGAGUCUCCAUCGCACGAGGGAGUUGACGUUCAAAGACAUAAGCGCGGGUGAUCGCAUUCGACUCUCGGUGGACAAAGGGGGCGCGGUUUCGGUCACUGGCUGA